UCUUUUCUCCUUGUUUCAGGGUUCAUAGUGGCGUAAUGCCCGCAGACUCCUGCGCGUUCCCCUAAGUUCUUAGAGGACCGCUUUGCCUUUUGAAUCAGAGAGUUGCAAAGUUCGAUAAAGAAUGGCCCUUGUGGAUAAGCACAAAGUCAAGCGACAGCGAUUGGACAGAAUUUGUGAAGGUAUCCGCCCCCAGAUCAUGAACGGCCCCCUGCACCCCCGCCCCCUGGUGGCGCUGCUCGAUGGCAGAGACUGCACCGUGGAGAUGCCAAUCCUGAAGGACCUGGCCACUGUGGCCUUCUGUGACGCACAGUCCACUCAGGAGAUCCACGAGAAGGUUCUAAAUGAAGCCGUUGGCGCCAUGAUGUACCACACCAUCACCCUCACCAGGGAGGACCUGGAGAAGUUCAAGGCCCUGAGAGUGAUCGUGCGGAUAGGCAGCGGCUACGACAACGUUGACAUCAAGGCUGCUGGCGAGCUCGGCAUCGCCGUGUGCAACAUCCCGUCCGCGGCCGUGGAAGAGACGGCCGACUCCACCAUCUGCCACAUCCUCAACCUGUACCGGCGGAACACGUGGCUGUACCAGGCGCUGCGGGAGGGCACGCGGGUCCAGAGCGUCGAGCAGAUCCGGGAGGUGGCCUCGGGAGCAGCCCGCAUCCGCGGGGAGACGCUGGGCCUCAUCGGCUUCGCGGCUGAGCCCUCUGCCGUCCUUUGCAGUCCCGUGGUUUGAGCCCCGUUCACUUGAGACUAAGCCAGCACCGCCUCAGCCCCUGCUCCCCGUGCUCUCUGACGGUGAGGUCGCCUUGCUGCCUUUCAGGUCUGUCUAUAGCCUUCCCAAGUGCAGACAGGACUCCGGACGGGAGGAGGCCUAGUCGGAGGCUGCCUGAUGCCUCCCCCCGAAAGCGUUCGGUUGCCUGAGGCUUCGCUGAGAAGCAGCACCCAGAGUGGGGGGCGGCCCAGCCCUGAGCGUGGCCCCAGCCCGGGCUGGUGGUGGGAUGGUGCUUGCGGACAGCCAGCCAGUAGCAACAAUAUAUAUAUAUAUUUUAUAUUUUUCAGGCCAAGACAAUUGGCUUCUGCAAGGCUCAGUUUUGAUCAAGUCAGUAACGGCAUUAAGUCACUAGGUCUUGUAGAAACUUAGGACAACCUCAUGGCUAACGGAGAAGCUAGUGAAAACAUGAGGGUUAGGGGACUGAUGAAAAGGAAAAACUGGAAAAUCACGCUCGGGCCCGGCAGCCACAGCCGGGAAGCCCCAUCUCCAGGCAAAGUGCGUUAGGACGCGGAAGUGAGGGGGGGCGUUCUUGUGUGGGCUGAGAGCAUGGGGUCGUGUGUCCCAUGCUUCAGGGACGUCAGGGGUGUCGUAGGCCCCUGGCGCUCUUCUCCAGCUUGUCACCUUUGUUGUGCCCGCUGGGGUGUGUGGCUACAGUUCCCAGUUCGCUGCAUCCAAGUGGUGACACCGAGGAGGGAGGACAGGAGGGAUAAGCACGCACCCGUUGCCCUGCAGCUGGCCCUCCAGCCCGCAGAAGUGGGGGACAGUCCACCUCCACGUUGCCCUCGUGUGGGCUUCCCGUUUGGGAAGGGACACCUUCCCUUGUCUCCUCCUCCUUCCCCGGCCCCGUUGAGCAGUGGUUUCAGACAAAGACGAUUCUGCACACUUCCCAGAGGAGCCCAUUCAAGCAUCACGCAAACCACUUUGUUUUCAAGCCGAAAACAGCUCUGGGAAGCUGGAGGCGCUAGCCGUGGGGUUCCGUGGGCUUGUGCAAAUGACAGCCACUUCGGAGACAGGGAGGCCGUCCGGUCCUGUUAGGUGGUGUGGGCCACUAACCUGCUAGAGGGAGGGGCCUGGGGCUCCCCCAGCAGGUCAGAACCAGUCUGCAUACCUGACCGGUACGUGGCUCCCCCUCCCCAUCAAAGUGAGUCUCCCGCUCUGCAGGGGCCCCUUCCAAUCCCUGUGCCCCUUCCGUGAGCAAACCCUGUGCUAAUUGGCAAGAGAAUGUUCUCUGUUACUGCCCUCGCUGUCUCAAGAAAGGACGCUCAGGUUAAGAAGCCUGCUGUGUACCCAGAAACCUCGGGGAGAGAGAAAUGAGGAUGGGAGACUGUGGUGCUGGCUGGAACUGGGGGAGGGGCACAUGGCAUUCACUAGAACAUUCUCUGUAGCUGUAUGUUUGAGAAGGUCCAUCCCAGGAGCUUUAGCG